AUGGCGGAUGAUGACGAUGAGGGAGGCUUCGGUGGUUUGUACGAAGACGGUCACUGGGUCUGGGAUGAAUCAACGGAAGCUUUAGUUUUUAUAAGUGAUCUUCCACCACAGCCGGUCGAAGCCGUACAUAUUCCUAUUAAGGCGCCGACUGGCACUGUUGAAUUUAGAGAUGAUGUAGACCUUAUAGAGCAGGACGUUAAGGAUAUCGCAUUGUAUACAGCACCAGUUAACAUUUUAAGCCCAGUGCUAAUAAACAUUUUGCAUUUGCCUACUACAGAGAGGUUCAUUAGAGCGCUUGUUCUAUGUUGUCAGUAUUAUUUACAGAUUGCAGAUGAAAUGGCCAACCGUAUAAUUGAAUUAGAAACGAAGGUACGGACGCCCCAAUGCGAGGUCUUGGAAGGCGAAUUUCGGGACAACUUGUCCGACUUAAGAUUACUUGUCGCUAAAGAAUAUAGUGCAAUGCUUAUUGGUGGAGGCGACAUGAAAAAGUUCCAUCAUAUGGGACCACAGAAGAAACGUCGAUCGUUAUCAGACAAAGACGCACGACUUUUCGAAACUUUGUUGCGUAUGUGCGUUCAAAUUGUGUGGUUGGCCCUCGGUCGCAAGUCUUUCAAUCAGAUAGAACUAGAAGUUAACCGCAUCUUCAAGUCUGAGAUAUUUAAUGCAGUUGAACACAAUCUGCACACGGAUUACAUAAACAAAAUGGUGAAAGAGGAACGGGCGGUGCUGCUGGGCCGCUGCCUCCGACACGACAAGAAACUUAACACGCGUUCUCCCCUCAUGAAUGAAGUAUUUUGCCAUAGAGACAUCGACUAUCGUUUGAUGGGCCUAGGUGUUAUAAAGUGUGCUGUCAUGACACCCCGUCUCCAUUACAUGAAGGAGGCUGUGUCAGGACCCGAAGAGCGAUUAAGGGAACUCGGCAUAGUUUUGGGUAUAAUUGGAAUGCAUCGGUCAUCCUUCGAUACAAUGUUGAAACCUUUGCCGACAGCCUCUGAAGGAAAGUCAAAAGCUUCCGUAUCCUCACGAUCCCAAAGCUACGCUUCAAAGUCAAGUGUUAGUAGCACCAUGAGAAAGAGUCAGAUGACGGCUCAUAAAAUCUAUCCAGAUAUCGUGUUGCCAAGCAGAGAAUCCCGAAUUACAUCUGUUCCACCAUCCUUUCCUGAUGAACCCGAAGAGAUAAGACCCUGCAGUGAAACCCAGAGACGACGUUGGCAAGCGAGGCUUAUGAAGUUGCUGCAUCCGUACGGGCGUUAA